AUGGCCAUCCAAUUCCCAGAGGUUAUGAGCACAUACCGUUCAUGGGUGAUUUCCUCAUUCAUCACCUCGAUUACCUUAGUCACAUUUCUUCCUCGUUUAUCAAUACAACACUCUUACGCUUGGACAGCCCUCGCCUUGUACUUUUUGCACUGGACGGUGUACGGUAUUUACAGCGUGAUCAUCUACCCGCGCUUUGUCAGUCCUCUGAGAAACCUACCAGGGCCAAAAGGAGGUUCAUUCUUCCAUGGCCAGUGGUCAGUCCUGACAGCAGAGCCGUCUGGAAUCCCACCUCGGCGCUGGGCGAACGAGAUCCCUAACGAUGGUCUCAUCCACUAUUUGCAUCUCUUCAACCGCCCUCGCAUACUGCUGACCAGCCCCAAAGCUCUGGCAGAGGUCCUGGUCACCAAAAGCUAUGACUUCAUCAAACCGGAGCUUCUUCGUGCUGGCAUCGGUGCCAUCCUCGGCAUUGGUAUCCUCUUCGCCGAGGGCGACGAGCACAAAGCCCAGCGCAAAAACCUCAUGCCAGCCUUCAAUUUCCGCCACAUCAAACAGCUGUAUCCGAUCUUCUGGUCUAAGUCUCGUGAAAUGGUCCACGCCAUUCAAGCAGAGCUCAAAGCGUCCACCGAGUCCAAACCCUGGAUUGAAGUGGGCGAAUGGGGAAGCCGAGCGACCCUCGACAUCAUCGGUAUCGCUGGCCUAGGGCAGGAUUUCGAGGCGCUGAAAUCUCCCGACAAUGAGUUGAACAGGGUCUACCGAACCGUGUUCCAACCGGACCGCACGGCACAGAUCUUAGGGCUUCUAUCAUUCUUCCUACCGCAUUUCAUCGUCCGCAACCUCCCCGUGAGUCGUAACAACAACGUCCGCGCAGCAUCCCGUGUCGCCCGAGACACAUGCCGACGCCUAGUCGAAGAGAAGAAAAAACGCCUUGCCAACAAAGAGCCUAUGCACCCAGACAUCAUCUCGGUCGCGCUCGAAUCCGGCGGCUUCAGCGACAAUGACCUCGUCGACAACAUGAUGACGUUCCUCGCCGCCGGCCACGAAACAACCGCAUCGGCCUUCAUGUGGGCCACCUACCUGCUCUGCAAGCACCAAGAUGUCCAGAAGCGCCUACGCGAAGAGAUCCACACACACAUCCCUUCCCUGAGCAGCGACGGCGUCAACCACGAAGUCCUCGACAACAUGCCGUACCUGCACGCCUUCUGCCAAGAAGUCCUGCGCGUCUACGCCCCCGUCCCGCUGACGCUGCGCGACGCAGCAUGCGACACGACGAUCCUCGGCCAGUUCGUGCCCAAGGGCACCAAAGUCAUCCUUGCGCCCUGGGCCAUCAACCUCAACACGGAGCUGUGGGGCGAGGACGCAGCCGAGUUCAAGCCCGACCGCUGGAUGGCGCCCGGCCAGGCGAACGCCGGCGGCGCCGUAAGUAACUACGCGUUCUUAACCUUCUUGCACGGCCCCAGGAGCUGCAUUGGCAUGAAGUUCGCGCAGGCCGAGUUUGCAGCGCUGAUUGCUGCGUUUGUGGGGACGUGGGCCAUCGAGAUGGUGGAUCCCGACGAGGAGAUUAUUAUCAAGGGCGGCAUUACCGCGAAACCGAAAAACGGUCUUAGGGUUUACUUGGAUAAGGUCGGGGAGUGGUAA